UAGAUUAAUUUCAUGCUCUGCACAUAAUUCUAUAUCGAAGUAUUGCCAAUGCAUACAUUUGAAUAAGUAUCACUAGCGGUGGAUAGCAUAGAUGGACAUGUAUCUAAUCUCUUAAAAGCAGUUUAUUUAGUUUUAACUUGCGAAUAUAAAUUAUAGUAAUGACGUGCAAAAUACUUAUUUAUUUGGCAAUCGCGAGUUAUAGCGCUGUAUGUGCUGCAACAAUACGACCAAUCGACCAAAACAAAUUACAUGCUCCUAAAGAGUGGAAACUUCGUGAAGGCCACAAGUACUGGCGUACGUCAAAAAAUCAAAAGCGAGCCGAUAUCAACCUGAUGGCUCGCCAACUGCAUCCCAAGGUUAUGAGAAUUAUCACUGCUCUCAAGAAACUAGAAGAUGGAGGAAGACAUGAUAGUGCAAAACACAGAGUAAUCAGCAGUCAAAAUAAUAAACGGAGGAACAAACUGCGUGUGGGAUACACAAGUUUUCGUCCCAUGGGAGGUCGUACCUUACCCCCGAGUACCAAAUAUAUUGCACGCAGUAAACCGGAGUCCACUCGCACCGCAAUGAAGGGCUCUCAAGAUCGAGACAGACAGAUCUACGGAAAUCUGGACAAUCUUGGCAUAACAUAUGACAAAACAAACCAAAGGAUAAUGUAUAGUGUCAAUAGGAAAAACAACCCGCUGCUUAGAUUAAAAAAAACAAAACGAAAAUCCCGGCGUGCUCGAAAAGACAAUCAAGAGGAAACCAGACCUGAACUCGAUGACGCAAAUAAUUUAGAUGAACUUACUCCUGAAAAUCGCUUUCCUUCGGACGACAUUCAAGAAACCCUUAAAUCUGAAAAGCCACUGGAUAGUGAACAAGGUGUAGCUCACGAUGAGGUCAGUCGCGACGUGGAGCCGCUGGAAGACACGCCAGCGUCCGCUGCAUCGUUCCCUCGCGCAAAAGAACGGCUCGUUUACGGAAAUCUAGACAAUCUCGGCAUAACAUAUGGAAAAACAAAUCAACGAGUCAUGUAUAGUCAGAGUAGAAGAAACACUAUACUGGAAACCCUACUGAGGCUGUUAGAUCAACCGUCGUAUUCCCGAGACCGCAGUCAUAAGAAACCUCUUGUUGUGGUGGUUUUAAGAAAUCCACACAGAAAAGUAAAAAAUAACAACCCAUUUCGGCGGUAUUAUCGCCGCACCACGCCGCUUUUAAAAGAGGCGUCAGACGAGUUUGGAAACGUUCCAGUUUUAACCAAUACUCGAAGAAAUAACACAAAUGACAGUGAUUCUGAUGAAUACGAUUCGGACACGGCAACUUCCGAUUACGAAUUUAACCCCCAAAAUGCCUACACUGUGCACAAAAAUCGAUACCUGCAGAAUUAUCUUUGGAAUCAUAAGAUGACCGGCGAUCAUAUAAAUGUUAACCCUUACGCACCUUUGUUCAUUGCCUUCGGAGCAACUGCACCCGAAUUAUUUUAUUCCAGAAAAUGGUGGUAUUUUAACCAAGACGAUUUUAUACCAUUCGGUUAAUUGACACCAAUUUAGCGUAAUUGUCGGAUUAAAUUGGAUUACAUCGAAAUUGUCUUGUAUGGCUUAUUAUGACUGAAUAAAUUAUUAUAAGCAGUUAA